AUGUUGCACAUUAUCACAACAAUGAAGUAUACAAUUGUGACAAUCACUUUAAUCUUCACUGCAGCAAUCAUGUUAUAUAUCUACACCAAGGAUGAUGUAUUGCCUAACAGACAUCCAAAGCCUAGGUCAUAUUCAAAUGCUAAUGAACAAAACCAUAGUUUAGAUGCAAUAUUAAAAUAUAUAAAAAGAUUGGUAAACAGAGUAAAACAAAUAGAGACAAAAAUAGAAGAUGUGAAUGACUUCAACCAAUACAAACAAGAUCGUAAUUCAAUUCUAAAGUUACUCCCCCAGUUAACACCAAACACAUAUAAAAGUAAUUUUCACGUCUUAGUUGAUAAUUUAAACCGAGAUGUUGUUAGUGAGAGGUAUAAAGUAAUAAUUAUGGUCUCAUCAAACGCUCCCAACUUUAAUCGCAGGCAAAAUAUCAGAGAAUUAUGGGCAAACAAGAAAAACUGGAAAAACCAUAUGUGGAAAUUAUUUUUUGUAACAGGUGGUUCAUCAGAUAAAGAAACUAUGGAAGCACUGUACAAUGAGACAAGCAGUUAUAAAGAUACCAUCAUAGAAGAUAUACCAGAAGACUUCUAUAAUUUAGCAAAGAAAGUCAUGAUAGGGUUUCAAUGGGCACACGUGAACUUCAAAUAUGAUUACAUCCUAAAGUGUGAUGAUGAUGUUUUUGUUCAUGUUGAUAAUUUAUUAACCAGUCUUAAAGUUUACAAAGAAGGAACAUUUUUUGGCCAACAAAUGUUUGGCCAACGAGUGGAGAGAGAAGGUAGGUAUGGAGUAACGAAAGCAGAACAUUUUAAUGAUACAUAUGACCCCUACUGUUCUGGUGGCGGUUUUGUGUUGUCUCACGACACUAUAAGUAAAAUAAUACCACUGUUUAAUUGGGAAAGACCACUCAGGAUUGAUGAUGCUUACAUAGGGGAGUUAGCAUUUGCAGCAGGUGUUACAGCUCAGGAGCAUGCUGGUUUUGACAUGUGGAAUACAGCCUGUGAAUACAAAGAAGAAUUAAUUGUAUCACAUCCUGUAAAAGAAAGAGAUUGCAUGGAAAAAAUGCAGGAAGAAGCAAGGAAAAGUUCUGUUUUAAAAUAAAUAUACUUGUAAAAUACCACUUAAAUGCACCUAAAUGCAUUCAGCUUACUGUUUAAAAAAAAAAGUCAACUUUCGUUUAAACGUUUUGUGCUAGCCAUAAAGAAUAAAAGAAGCAAUGCUAAACAAGAACGAAGCAUCUUUUCCAAG